AUGGCAAUGAAAGACACAAAUGAAUCAAGGUGUAAAUUCAUUCGUAAAAUAGUUGGACUGAUUUGGAUUGUUAUUGAAGCCAAUCUAGUUGCAGGAAAUAUAUUUGGAUUUGGAUCUUUAUUCAGUGUAUUACCUCAAUAUGGUAUAUAUGAAUCUCGUUGUAAAAUAAUAUCUGAAAAAAUUAUAUCAAAUGACACUAAAACUAUAACAAAAGAUUGUCGAGGACAAAUUGAUGAAUAUCAGUUUGCUUUUGCAUUAGGUAUUGGUUUUUAUAAUUUGCCAGCUGUUGUUGUUGGAGUGAUUAUAUAUAUUUUUGGUCCACGUACUGUUAAAAUAAUUGCUAUUAUUUUUCAUUUAAUCAGUUGGUUAUCAUUAGCAUUUCUAGCACCUGGUUAUGAUUGGCUUAUUCUAUCACAUACAAUAUUUUCAGCUCUAGCUGGAAUUUGUGUUUUACUGUCAUCAUUUGCAAUAUCAGCGAAUUUUACUAAAACACGAGGUUUAGUUACAGCAUUGAUAUCUGGUGCUCAAAUUGGUGGUUCUGUUUGGUAUGCAAUUUUUCAAAUUUUGAUUGAUAGAAAAUGGAUUUCACUAUCGACAUUAGGAUUUAUUUGGGCUUCCUUUUCAAUCUUGAUGUUUGGUAGUGCAAUGUUUUUUCUUGAUUGGCAUGUAAAAUGUGGUAGUGCAUCGAAUAAAACAAAAUCAUCAACAACUGAAGAUGUUACAAUAAAUACAUCAGAAGAUUCUUUAGCUCAAUAUUUGACAAAUCCAAUUUUUGUUGUUGUAACACUUUUUCUUAGUUGUCUUCUUCUUACUGUAGCAUAUUUACCUGUAAUUUGGUUUCCAUGGGUUAUGCAUUUAACUGGAUAUAAUUUAAAUUUAGCUAAUCAUUUUACAUUCUUGUUUAAUAUGAGUGCAAUAUUAUGUAUAUUUAUUGCACCAAUAUGUGGCUUAAUUAUUGAUUAUAAAGCCGCUCAAGGUUAUUCUCAGCGAAUACUUAAUAUUUCCAUAUUACAAACAAUAUCUUGGCUAGCAACAAUAAUACUUUGUAUUGUUUGUAUGUUUCGAUCAAUAGCUGCUCCUAUAGUUGCUAUAGUGAUUUUUCUUUUUUCACGUACAAUGCUCGUUGCUGGUUGUCAAGCUGUUAUCACUAGAACAUUUCCACCUGAAUAUAUCGGUACUCUCCUUGGAGUAAUGUGGACAACAGCAGGUAUUGUUAGUUUUGUUACAUAUGGUCUAACACGUCUUGCAACAGAUCCAAUAUAUGCUUGGAGAAAUACCGCUUCAGCAUCAUCAUGGUCAAUAAGUUUACCAUCAACAAAUGGCACUCGACAUGUUGUAAUUAUACCUUUUCCAUCAGCAAUUUCAAGAGAAAAAUCUGUUCCUCCUUCACCAUGUAAUGAUUGUUUUCAUUUUCAUACAUUUAAAGGAAAUCGAAUGGUAAUUGAACCUUGUGGUGGACCUGAUUGUGUUGCAAUUAUAAAAAGUCGUAAUUUACGAGAAAUUCAACCAAGUAGAAAAUACGAUUUUGAACAAUGUGGAAUGAUUAAUAAAAAAGAUUAUUCAAUUGUAAAUAAAGCAUUACAGUUAAAAGUCAGCACAAGUGUUAAAAACACCUUACGUCCUGCUGAAUAUCCUUGGCUUGUUCGCAUAGAAAGUCGUUCGGAUAUGCUCUCACGUACAGUAACACUUUGUGGUGGAACACUCAUCCAUCCACAAUGGGUAGUAACAGCUGCUCAUUGUAUGUUUGAUACUAAGAAAGAUAGACCUUAUGCAACAAAUGGCAUCACUUUAUAUAUGGGUCAUUAUGAUCGUGCAAGUAGUAGCUUAAAUGAGCAUAUUGCAAAACCUAUUUUGUAUUUGAUUAAUCCAAAAUUUCGUAUUUCUUUUCUAUCACCAGCACCAAUACAUGAUUUAGCAUUGAUUAAAUUAGAAAAACCUGUACCAUUAUCACAUUCUAUUGGUGUUGCCUGUUUACCAGAACGAACAGAUAAAUUAGCUGAUGGCACUUUAGCAUUUACAGCUGGCUGGGGUCAUGCAUCACCAGAGUCAACAGCUGUUAAUGAACCACGAAAAGCAAGAUUAAAAAUAGCACCAAGAUCGUGUAGAAACUUAAGGAUUAAUCAUAAUUUGCAUAUAUGUGGAAGAAAUGAUCGUGGAAAUAAUAUUUGUAGUGGAGAUUCUGGUACUGGUUUAAUGGUACGUGCUGGUACUAAAUCAAAUAGAAAUCAAACACAAUGGAAAUGGUAUAUAUUUGGUGUAGCUAGUUAUGGCCUUGAAGAAUGUUCACAACAUGUUAAUCAUGAUAAUGCAUUUGCAUCUAUUCCAACAGAUAUUGACUGGAUACAUGAAGUUCUAGAUAAAUAUUAA